GUAAGUUCCUUGUGUUUCCUCCAACAGCCCAUUUCUACUUGCAGCUGUGCUUGAUGCCCUGGAGGAGGAGAGACGCACAUAUGACAAAGCUUUGCUGAAUAAACCUCUUACAGCUGGAACCAGUGAAUCAUGGCUGAAACCAUUCACUGAAAAAAUAACCCUUUGUAACAAAUAAACAGCGUGGCAAGAAAGCACAGAAGAUCUGGUGGAAGAUUUCUGUUCUUGUACAUUUGCAUUUUAUGAGCCAAAAUUCCUAGAUGUCACUACCAGAUUUUAGGACAGCUGACAGUUCGGUCUUUUCUAACUUCCAGCUUCGUCUGUGCUUGACUGCUUCAGUUCUCCAGGCUUUGCUGCCAGAUGCUGCCUUAGAAGAGGUGCCUUAAGGGUAUGCAGUGGAUGCAGGGGGUGGGGUGGAGCAUAUGCCUGCAGGGAGCAUUCUUCACUUCCUCCCUGACUGAACAUCUGCUUUGAGUGCCUCCCUAAGCCAGAGAAUCUUUCUUGGGACCAGAGCGCUUCAGUUCCUCAAAGAUUUCAAGCCAGUCUGACUUCCCUGGAGGUGCCUUGUCUCUCUCCAAGCCGGCACUGCAGUUUCCACCUCCUUUCACUGCCACCUGUGCCAAAUGUCUCUUUCUGAACUGAUAAACCUUGUGCCUGCUGUCUGCAGAUGGGCCUGGCGUUAAAAUGGUGCCCGCCCUUCUGUGACGAGGCUGCCCCUCUGAGAAAGGGAAGCUUCCACCGGGCGGGGGAGGCCCUGGCAUGGAGGGCUCUGACCAGCGGUUGGUGCUGGGCAUGAACAUGGGCGAUGGGCGGCAGACACCUCCUGGGGAGCUGCGGACACCCACGGACGAGGGCGAGGAGCCGAGAACACCUGUGCCUGAAGCCGUCUGUGAUGGCGGGGGAGACGCGAAGACCCCCCAGCUGAAGGAAGAGGAGGAGGAAGAAGAGCUUGACCCCCGCAUCCAGGAGGAGCUGGAACACCUCAAUCAAGCUAACGAGGAGAUCAACCUUGUGGAGCUGCAGCUGGAUGAAGCUCGUACCACAUACAGGAGGAUCUUGUCAGAAUCUGCCAGGAAGCUGAACGCUCAGGGCUCCCAGCUGGGCAGCUGCAUCGAGAAAGCACGCCCGUAUUACGAGGCCAGGCGCCUGGCCAAGGAGGCGCAGCAGGAGACCCAGAAGGCUGCCCUGCGGUACGAGCGGGCUGUCAGCAUGCACAACGCGGCCCGUGAGAUGGUCUUUGUGGCUGAGCAGGGAGUCAUGGCUGACAAGAACCGGCUUGAUCCCACGUGGCAGGAGAUGCUCAACCAUGCAACGUGCAAGGUGAAUGAGGCUGAGGAGGAGCGGCUGCGCAGUGAACGGGAGCACCAGCGUGUCACCCAGCUCUGCCAGCAGGCUGAGGCCAAGGUGCAGUCCCUGCAGAAGUCCUUGAAGCGCGUCAUCGUGAAGAGCAAGCCCUACUUUGAGCUGAAGGCUCAGUUUAACCAAAUCCUCGAGGAGCACAAGGCCAGGGUAACGUCCCUGGAGCAGCAGGUAGCCCAAGCCAAGAUGCGCUACUCCGUGGCCUUGCGCAACCUGGAGCAGAUCAGCGAGCAGAUCCAUGCCCGGCGGCUCCAGCGCCUGGUGGGCCGGCGGGCAUCCCCAGUAGGUGCCGAGGCCAGCCCAGCGCUGCUUUACGGCGGGAUGGCGCUGCCUCCUGAGCCUGCCGCCUCCGCUGACACCCUCUCGGUGCUCAGCUUCCAGACCAUCGCCUCCGACCUGCAGAAGUUCGACUCCGUGGAGCAUCUGCUGGGGCUGUCCGACGCUGCCAGCCUGAACAGCGACGAGCUAGAGGAGCGGGAGCAGAGGCGCAAUGCUCAGCCGCACCCGUUCAAGCACCAUCGCAGCAUCAGCCUCUGACGUCCCCCUGCCUGCCGCAGCCCCCUGAAGUCCCGGCCUUCCAGGGAAGGGGGAGGUGGCUAGGAUCAGAGGCACGAGGAAUAGUCAGGGGGCAGGCAGCUCUUUGAGUGGGUGGGUUAUGUAGUGCUUGUGGCCUUGCCCAUCCGAAGGGCAGCCUGCCAGUGGAUCCUUCCCCCUGGGCGUGGCCUUUGGCAAAACCCCAGUUCCCUGCUCUGUCUCCUGCUGCCAUCCAGGCCCCAGUUGCUUGGAAAUGUUGGCAUUUUGGUCCCACUGUUUUAAGUCCGUCAGGCUGCUGUUUUCCCCCAGCAUGCACCUGUUUCCUGGGAGCAUUGCAUGCUGGAAGUAAUUCUGCAUCCUUGCAUAUUUCUCCUAGCUUGUUGGAUUAUUAUUGGUGGUGCUGUCAUCUUCAGCUGAAGGGAGGCCAAGAAUGGGGAGGAGAGGUGUGCUCUUUUUACAUGAAUGUCGUUGUGGUUGGGGAUUGAGAAGAGCAGAUGGGCUGCAGCGGUGCUUGUGUACAGAUGCUCCCCUGCUCCUGUCACUGCAUCCUAGAGGCCCUCGCUCCGCUUUCAUGGAAUUGCCCCCAUUCUCAAGGCUGUACAAGAUGGCCUUUUUAAAUGGAACUCCGGUGCCCCCUGCAGGACUUUCUUGACACUACAGUAUAACAGGAGGCAUGCCAUUUGUCCCUCCCAGGCCUGCUUGGUUCAUCCCGUUUGGCCACCCAUGCUUCUUGGGGUGUGAUUUGCACUAAUAAGUGUCAAAAUGUGGGGCUGGGAAGUCUCUCCCUCUGUCUGCUCCCAGCAUUUUGCAGACAGUGGCAAUUCCUGCCUCAAACAGGUUUGCUGGACACUGGCUGUGAUGAGAACUGGUCAUAGGUUCGAGGCAGCCUGAUAGCAACUCUGUGUAUGUGUAUUUGUAUGACCGGCUUCUGCUGUGUAUUUUAUUUAAAGUAAAGUUUAUGCCCUCUGGA